AUGUUCAGUCCUCGCUUCCUCGUAGUGAGUCUGGGCAAUCCUGCCCCCUACGCCGACACGCUACAUUCGGCUGGCCAUCUCGCCCUCGUUGCCGCACAGAAACAACUUCAGGGCACCCAGCCCCCCUUCUCCUCCUCCCGUUACGCCAAGAAAUCAGCGCAAGCUUCGGUCGGCCCAAAAUACACCUUUCUACAGUCUCCAGCCGUGAUGAACGUCUCUGGGCUGUGGGUUGCGCGAGCGUACAGGGAGAUCCUAGCCGAUUCAGAUGUUGGCUCGGCCGAUAUGGGUCUUAUCCUGGUACAUGAUGACCUCGAAGAGGACCUGGGCGUUGUCAAGAUUCGCAAGUGGGAAAGGAGUCACCGUGGACACAAUGGCGUUAAGAGCGUCAAUGCAAGCUUGCGUCGAGCCGAUUAUCAAGGCUCUCUCUGGGCCAGAAUCUCUGUUGGAAUUGGUCGGCCAGCCGACCGAGACCAGAGAAGCGUAUCUGACUACGUGCUCCGUCCCAUGAGCCAACAUCAAAAGAUGGUUCUCGCUGAGAAGGCCGGUCCAGGUGUCGUGGCUGCUCUGAUGGAGCUGGAGAGCCAGUGGCAGAAGGAUACUGUACAAGCGGCUGCAAAAGAGUCUGCUUGA